AUGGCAAGCGAAGAUGACCCCGCGAUGAAACCAUCGGAAGAGGACGCAGGAUUAGCAGCAUGUUCUACCAUGGAGACGAAGCACAAUAGCGAACGAGGAAAAAUCGAUCAGUUCACGGCCAACACGUACAGGGAGAACUUCAAAUUGCUUACCGCUGAUGACAGUUUACGCGUCGAAACAGGACAGCCAGCCCAUUUCUUCGAAACUCAGGCCAUACGUGUCGACAAGACGGUGUACAUAUCGGGUCAACUCGGGUUGAAUCCUGAAACGAUGAACCUUGCUGGGGAUACGGUUGAGCAACAAGCCGAGCAAGCCCUGAAAAACCUCAUGAACAUUAUCAAGGAAGCUGGUGGUAGUAGCAAGAACGUCGUAAAAACGACUGUUUUACUGGCAUCCAUGGAUGACUUCCCCAAGGUUAACGACAUUUAUGCCAAAUACUUCGCCGAACCCUAUCCUGCAAGAAUGUGCUUUGCAGUUAAGACUCUUCCUAAGAACGCGCUUGUAGAGCUUGACGCCGUCGCCGUCCUGGAUUCUUAA